UAAACAGGUCGUAGCACAGGUGUACAUGCCAUCUCUUUAUAGCCCACCAACCCUCUCUACCUUUCUUCACAACUCUUCUCAUUUCCAAACUAUGGAAAACACUAAACUUUCAUUAGCUCUCUUUGCCACUUUACUCCUCACAAAUGCUAUUAUUGUUAGAGCAAAUUCUAAUGAAAAUGGUGUCAUGGAUAAUAUUUCGAGUCUCAUAGAAACCUCAUGUGCCAUUACUCUUUAUCCACAACUAUGUCACUCAACAAUAUCCUCCAUCAUUGGUACAUCUAAUUUGUUGAGUUUGAAAGAUAUCGUUCAAUUGUCAUUGAGUGUGGCUAUGGAUGCAGCUAAGCUUAACAAUGGAAACAUAAAAAAACUUACGAUGUCCUUUAACAACGUUAGUAAACGAGACAGGAUUCCUCUUCAUGAUUGUGUCAAAUCAACCGACAGGACGAUUUAUGAGCUUGACAAGGCUAUAGAGGAUUUUCGUGAGUAUCCGAACAAGAAAUCUCUUACUUCAUAUGCCGAUGACCUCAAAACUUUCCUCAGUUCUGCCAUUACUAAUCAGGUGACUUGUUUGGAUGGAUUCCAAGAUGACAAAACAGAGAAAGGGGUUUUGAGAGUUAUUGAGAACACUCAUAUUCAUGCGACGAAGUUGUGUAGUAAUGCAUUGGCUUUGGUUAAAAAAUUGACAACAGAAAUUGCCUUAAUAGAUGAGAAAAACUUGGUGGUCCAUGACUUCCCUUAUAAGAUAACUUGGAUAUCCUCCCAAAUAAAUGACCUCAAAAUUGUCCUAUUUUCCAAUCAGGAGGAAGGUGAGAAUGGAAGAAGGGAGGAUUUGGAAAAUGGAAUAAAGUGGCCAGAAUGGAUGUCAAUCCAAGACCAGAAGCUUUUAGAAUCAUCGUCGUCAGAAGCGGCGGCGGAUGUGGUAGUGGCGGUGGAUGGAAGCGGAAAUUAUAAAACGGUGUCGGAAGCAGUGGAGGCGGCGCCGAGCAAGAACAGCAAAAGAUAUAUAAUAAAAAUAAAGGCUGGAGUUUACAGGGAAAAUGUUGACGUACCAAGUAGUAAAAGGAAUAUUAUGUUUUGGGGAGAUGGAAGAUCCAACACCAUUAUCACUGCUUAUAGAAGUCAUGGGAGUGGCUGGUCAACCUUCAAUUCCGCCACCGUCGUUGCUGUGGGGGAUGGAUUCUUAGCUCGAGACAUAUCCUUUGAAAACACAGCCGGACCAGCCAACGGCCAAGCUGUAGCCCUCCGUGUUGGCUCAGAUCACUCAGCCUUCUACCGCUGUGGCAUGCUUGGCUACCAAGACACUCUCUAUGUCCACUCGAACCGUCAAUUCUUCGUCAACUGCGUUGUAGCAGGAACAGUCGACUUCGUCUUUGGAAACGCAGCAGCUGUAAUCCAAAACUCCGACCUCACCCCUCGCAAACCAGGCCCUAACCAAAGGAACAUGGUGACGGCACAAUCGAGAACUGACUUGAAUCAAAACACGGGAAUCGUGAUCCAAAAGUGUAGGAUAAAAGCGACGUCAGACUUGGAGCCAGUGAUAAAAGAAUUCCCAAGCUUCCUUGGGAGACCAUGGGAGGAAUAUGCUAGGGUUGUGGUAAUGCAAACGACAAUAACCAACGUGAUAGACAAAAAGGGGUGGUCGACAUGGAAUGGUGACAUAAAGAAACCCUACUUUGCAGAAUAUGACAACAAUGGAGCUGGUGCUAAUACUUCUGGUAGAGUGCCAUGGUCUCUUGUUAUUAAUGAAGCUGAUGCUAAGACCUUCACGGCUGAAAGAUUCAUUGGCGGUGCUGAUUGGCUUCCAUCUACUGGCUUCCCUUAUCAGCUUGGUCUCUAUAACUGAUCUAUUGCCUUAAUUAGCUUGCAACUGAUCUUGCUUUUGGUUUGUAUGAGUGUUGGAAGAAAUGCUACUAAAUGGGAAAUGUUUAUUGAAUAAAAACCAAAUUUAGACUUGGUUAAAA